CCUCCCACAGAAACCAAGGGGAAAGCGGUAAAAAAUAUCUUCAGCGACUCCUGCCUCCAGACCGCGGCCUCUCUCGGCUGCCAGGUUCUCCUUCCCUGCUUUUUUUUUUCUUCAAUCCAGCUCGAUGGUAAUCUGAACCAAGCAAAAUGAGGCUGCAAGACUUUCUAUUUACUUUGCUGCUCCCGGCUGGCUUCCUGGUGGGGGUCUCAUGGGCUCAGCGCCCAGAAAUCACCACCCGGGUCGCAAAUGCAGAAGACUGCCCUGUGGACCUGUUCUUCGUCCUGGACACCUCAGAAAGUGUUGCCCUGAGGGUGAAGCCCUUUGGGGACCUGGUUGCCCAAGUGAAAUAUUUCACCAACCGGUUUAUUGAUAAGCUGACAAACAGGUACUACCGCUGCGACCGCAACCUGGUGUGGAAUGCCGGGGCGCUGCACUACAGCGACGAGGUGGUGCUCAUCAAGAGCCUUACCUCAAUGCCCAGCGGCCGGAAUGAGCUGAAGAACCGUGUCUCAGCCGUGAACUACAUUGGGAAGGGCACCUACACCGACUGUGCCAUAAAGCGGGGCAUUGAGGAGCUGCUCAUCAGUGGCUCCCAUCACAAGGAGAAUAAAUACCUGAUCGUGGUGACUGAUGGACACCCCUUGGAAGGGUACAAGGAGCCCUGUGGAGGCCUGGACGAUGCUGCCAAUGAAGCCAAACAUUUGGGGAUCAAAGUGUUCUCUGUCGCCAUCUCCCCCAACCACCUGGACCAGCGGCUCAACAUCAUUGCCACGGACCAUGCCUACCGCCGCAACUUCACCGCCACCAGCCUGAAGGCAACCCGGGAGCUCGAUGUGGAGGAAACCAUCAACACCAUCAUCGACAUGAUUAAAGUUAACACAGAGCAAUCGUGCUGCUCCUUUGAGUGCCAGCCUUCUCGAGGGCCCCCUGGACCUCCCGGUGACCCGGGCAAUGAGGGAGAAAGAGGCAAGCCAGGUCUUCCUGGCCAAAAAGGAGAGGCUGGAGACCCAGGCAGGCCAGGGGACAUGGGACCUGUUGGCUACCAAGGAAUGAAGGGUGACAAAGGAAGUCGAGGAGAAAAGGGCUCAAGAGGAGCCAAAGGAGCCAAGGGUGAGAAGGGCAGGCGUGGAAUCGAUGGCAUCGAUGGCAUGAAGGGUGAAGCUGGAUACCCUGGCUUACCUGGCUGCAAAGGCUCACCCGGAUUCGACGGAGCUCAAGGCCCGCCUGGACCGAAGGGAGAUCCCGGUGCUUACGGACCCAAGGGAGGAAAGGGGGAGCCUGGAGAUGAUGGAAAACCUGGCCGACAGGGGAUUCCUGGCAGCCCUGGAGAGAAGGGUGCACCUGGCAACCAGGGUGAGCCUGGACCGGCAGGAGAGACAGGCGACGAGGGUGCUCCAGGUGUAGACGGUCCUCCUGGAGAACGGGGCAGCAAUGGAGAAAGGGGCCCCCCAGGCUCACCGGGUGACCGCGGGCCGAGAGGAGAGCCGGGAGAGCCUGGACCACCUGGUGACCAAGGGCGGGAAGGACCCCUCGGACCACCUGGCGACCAGGGUGAGGCUGGACCCCCAGGACCCAAGGGCUACAGGGGAGACGAUGGCCCCCGCGGCAAUGAGGGCCCAAAGGGAUUGCCUGGAGCACCUGGGCUGCCUGGAGACCCUGGCCUGAUGGGAGAAAGGGGGGAGGAUGGUCCUCCUGGGAACGGCACGAUUGGAUUCACAGGUGCCCCGGGGCAGCCAGGAGACAGAGGUGACCCUGGCAUUAACGGAACAAAAGGCUACGUUGGUCCUAAAGGUGAUGAAGGAGAAGCUGGAGACCCUGGCAAUGAUAACCCAACCCCUGGCCCCAGGGGCAUCAAAGGAGCGAAGGGCCACAGGGGACCUGAAGGCCGCCCAGGACCACCAGGACCUGUGGGGCCUCCAGGACCAGAUGAAUGUGAAAUCUUGGACAUCAUCAUGAAGAUGUGCUCUUGCUGCGAGUGCACCUGCGGUCCUGUCGACCUCCUCUUCGUGUUGGACAGCUCGGAGAGCAUCGGCCUGCAGAACUUCCAGAUUGCCAAGGACUUCAUCAUCAAAGUCAUCGACCGCCUGAGCAAGGACGAGCGUGUGAAGUUUGAAGCUGGGGAGUCCCGUGUGGGUGUUGUGCAGUACAGCCAUGACAACACGCAGGAGCUGGUGGCCAUGGGGGAUGCCAACAUAGACAACAUCGGGGCGCUCAAACAGGCAGUCAAGAACCUGAAAUGGAUAGCUGGAGGCACUUACACUGGAGAAGCCCUGCAGUUCACCAAGGACAACCUGCUGCGGAGAUUCACCUCUGACAAGCGUGUCGCCAUCGUCAUCACAGAUGGACGCUCUGACACGCUGCGGGACCCUACCCCGCUCAACUCUCUGUGCGAUGUCACCCCGGUGGUUUCCCUUGGGAUAGGCGACAUUUUCCGGAACCCUCCAAAUCCAGAUCACCUGAAUGAUAUCGCUUGUUUAAGCCAACCGACCAGGCCAGGACUGUCCAUUCAAAGGGACAACUACGCUGAGCUCCUGGAUGACACCUUCUUGCAGAACAUCACCUCGUAUGUCUGCCAAGAGAAGAAAUGUCCAGACUACACCUGCCCAAUCACCUUCACUGGGCUGGCGGACAUCACGCUGCUGGUGGACAGCUCCACCAGUGUGGGGAGCAAGAACUUUGAGACCACUAAGAAGUUCGUGAAGCGGCUGGCAGAGCGGUUCCUGGAGGCCGGCAAGCCUGCCGACGACUCUGUGCGUGUCUCGGUGGUCCAGUACAGCGGCAGAAACCAGCAGAAAGUGGAAGCUCAGUUCCAGUACAACUACACGGUCAUCGCCAAAGCCAUCGACAACAUGGAGUUCAUUAACGAUGCCACGGACGUCAAUGCCGCUCUGCGGUACGUCACGGGGCUGUACCAGCGGUCCUCCCGUGCUGGGGCGAAGAAGAGAGUGCUGGUGUUUUCUGAUGGCAACUCUCAAGGGAUCACCGCAAGGGCCAUUGAGAGGGCUGUGCAGGAAGCUCAGCAGGCUGGCAUCGAGAUCUACGUGCUAGCAGUGGGCAGCCAAGCCAAUGAACCCAACAUCCGUGUCCUGGUCACAGGGAAGAGCGCAGAUUAUGAUGUGGUCUACGGGGAGCGCCACCUCUUCCGUGUGCCCGACUAUACCUCUCUGCUGCGUGGUGUCUUCUACCAAACUGUCUCCAGGAAGAUAGCUGUUGACUGAGCAUCUGGGUGGGUUUCUGCCAAGGCCAUGCCUGCUUCUGUCUCACCUAAAAAUGAAAACCAACAAAACAAAAAAAAAAAAUUAACAGUAUUCUUCACCAAUCUGAGGAAUUCGCAUCUAUGCAGAUAGCCAUAGUGCCACAGCUUGGCUGUGCAUAGUCCCCUUCCUUCUCCCCCUGCUUCAUCAUCUGCAGCUCUACUCUGUUAGUCUCAAACUUCCCUCCCUGCCCAUGACUGCCUCUCCCUCCCCACAGCAGGCAAACACAAGCACACCUAGCAAUAAGCUGCCAGAACACCAAUAGCAACCUCAUCCCACUGUUUUUUGCCAAGAAAGAAUCAGGAUGAGGAAUUUUGUACCACUAAGGACUAGCCUGGUCUCAUAAGGCUGAUUAUGCUCUUUUCAGAUACAGGUGGUUUUGUUCAUUUGCUUCUUUCUUUCAUACAUCAGCUGAGCACUUGCCCAGCUCUCAAUGGUCCUAACCCAAUGCUGUGCUUCAAGUGAAAUGUUCAACACUUCAGCAAGCUUUGAGAGGGGAUCGUUGUCAUGGCUGGCAGGUUUGGUUCAUAUUUCCCAUGCUUGGGGGGGGAGGGCUGGACUGCAUUACCCAAGCUGGGUGGAAGCAUCUCUGGCCUCCAGUGCCAUGGGAUGGGGCACUGACUUCCCAGGGCUGGGGUGGAGGUGGGUGGUGGAGCAUCCCUCAGCGCUGACACUUCCAUUCAGGGCAGGGAGGCUGAGCACCAACCAAAUGAAAGAUGGACAGCAGCCACUGGGGAGGGGGAAACCCUAGAAGAAGCUAUGUAACUGCACUCCUUCACUAACUGAUCUCAUGGUCCUACAGUGAAACCAGGAACCUCAUGAAUAACCUGAUGACUUGUGUUAUGGUCCAAGAUCCAUUCUGGAAAAUCCUUCUGAGCCCAGUUAGUGGGAUUUUUUGUUUUAUACUUUUUUUCAAAAGUGCCAAGCUGUCUAAUUCCCAGUGAGCUCUCUGAGAGUACUGUUUCUCUAGGACCAUCUAGGACUUAAGCACCUGGGCCCAAGGGAAACCCACUAACUGUACUAUAUAUUGGAUUAGGGCCUCAUCCACAGGUCAGCAGAGUCAAGGGAAAGGCUGCCAUUAUCUGCCAGGGUCUUUGACUUGCACCCUACGGAUAUACUGACAAAGGUGCUAUCACUAUGUGGGUGAUGCGGGCCCUUGGUGUUUACACAGUUGUUUCCAGGACCACACUGAAGAUGUGGUUUGGCUGGGUGAGAUUCUGUUUCAGCGCUUCCAUUGGUGCUCUUGCUAUGAAUUCAUGCGCUUCUGAGAAAGCAACAGUGAUUGCCAGGUAUCGGCAUCCCAAACUCUUUACUUUGUAUCCAAAAACCCAUUGUACGAGUUAGUUUUAUUUUAUGCCUGUGUUUUACUAAAAUUGUCCACUUCGGAAAUUUGUCAAAUAAAUUGUUUUCCACAAUC